AUGGUAGAAGGUAUUUCAACUCGUCUAAAAGCAUUCGUUGAUGGUAAACGAUGUUCCACAGAGAAUCUUAAAAAAUAUGAAAAAUCAGAAACAAAUGAAAGCAGCGAUGAAAAUGAAAUUGAAAAUAAUCAAGGAAAUAUUGAAUUAAAUGUGAAGAUGGAAACGAAAAUUGAUGAUAAAUAUUUGGUUGUUUUAGCGGAACCAUCAACUAUCUUAUCAGUAGCUUGUACAGUUGAUGCAAAAGGACGUAUUUUUCGAGCUGAUGAUGGUAUGGCAUUGUUACUUGGAUACAUUUCAAUGCGUGAACUUUUAGGCAUUGAAAUAUCAAAACUUAUUCCUGCCAUACAACUUGAAACAAAUAGUGAAGUGCAACAUGUUUGUGCUCAAUGUAUUCGUGGUAAUUCAAUACCAGUUACUGUGAAAGUUAAUACGGAAAAAGAUUCAGAAACACAACGGCCACUUAUGUAUGAAUUAGAAAUUCAAGCAUUUUCCACUGUUACUGGCGUUGUUAUUUUAACAGAAUCGGGCGCUUUACAUAGUUUCAAUGAAAAUUUCAUUGAAGCAUUAAUUGGUAAAAAGCAAAAAGAGGCGCUAAAAGAUAUGACUCAUAUCACUGAUAUAAUUCCAAAAUUUCACUAUCAUAUUUUAACUUCACCAUUAAAUGGAACAUGCAAUGAAGUGGUGGUGAAAUUGUCUGAUGAAUUUUUCGAUCAUUUCACAAAUAAAAAAGACUCAAUUUCCUCUCAUAAGCAUCGAUCAGUUACAUGGCUGAUAAAUGAUUUAGCCUUAUCAAUGCAUAAAUUGAAUGGAAUUGAAAGUGUUGUUAAUAUCAGUUCAUCACAACCAUCAAUUUCAUCGAUUGAUGAAAUGUGCUCAUCAAUACCUUCAACAAGCUCACAAUUUAUUGAAAAUGUUCAACUCUGUGAUAAUCUUCAACAAUGGAAUGAAUUGAUGAUAACUGAUAGGAGAAAUCAGAGUGAACCAAUUAUAGAAGGUUCAUUUUAUGGAUUUGCAAAACAUUCUGAUAGCAAUUUGAUUGCAAUAUGUUUCAAUAUAAAACGUUUGGAGCCAAAUAGUGGCGCAAGUUGGGCAGUUUGUAUCAAUUACAAUAAGACAAUUGAUUUUGGCUUUUUUGGCCAAAUGAAUGAGGAAAGAUUGAUGAGUGAAAGUAUUUGUGAUAAUGAAAAUAUUCGCGCAUGCAAUGAUAAUAAUGAUAACUAUCGAGUUGACUUUAAAAUUGAGAAAAAUUCGAUGAUUACAGUUGAAAAAGAUGAUGAAAAUGCGCAAGCAAUAGCUGGCGAAUAUUCGAAAUAUUAUGAUACACAAUAUCUCAUUGGUAAUGGCGCUUUUGGCUCAGUAAAAUUAACAGCUCGAAAAGAUACGGGUAUUUUGGCAGUAGCAAAAUUUAUUUGCAAAUCAAAAGUUUUUUCGGAAAGUUGGAUACCAAGUCCUAAACGUGGUAAUCGUGUGGUACCAAUAGAGCUUCAUCUUCUCGAAACAUUAUCUCAUCCAAAUAUCGUAAAGUUAUUGGAUGUUUUUGAAAAUGAUUUAUACUAUCAAUUAGUGAUGGAAAAACUUGGCUGUGGAAUGGAUCUAUUUGAAUUUAUUGAACAACAACCAAAAUUAGAUGAACCACUUAUAAGUUAUAUUUUUAGACAGGUAGUCAAUGCAGUAGCUUAUCUUCAUUCAAAAAAUAUUGUACAUCGUGAUUUAAAAGAUGAAAAUGUUAUCAUUGAUCAAAAUUUUUCAUGCAAAUUGAUUGAUUUUGGAUCAGCUGCAUAUUUUGGUCAUAAUUUUGUUUUUUCAACAUUUUGUGGAACAAUGGAAUAUUGUAGUCCGGAAGUUUUGCGUGGAAAUAAAUAUCGUGGUCCUGAAUUAGAGAUGUGGUCUUUAGGAAUCCUAUUGUAUACACUUGUAUUUUUUGAAAAUCCUUUUCGUAGUUUGCAAGAAACUAUUCGUGCUGAAAUUAAACUUCCAUGGGAAGUCUCAGAAGGUUUGUUCCAAGUAAUUGCUUGGCUAUUACAACGUGAUCCACAGUUUCGGGCUACCAUACGUGAUGUUAGUAAUCACUGUUGGGUAAAACAACCAAUUGAUUUGCGAAUGUACAAAUUUCAGGAUGUCCUUCAAAAAUGUGAUCGUUAA